CAUCCCACAUUCAAACCACACCUCAAAUUCAAAAUUUUGGGAGAAGAAUCGCAGCUUCAUACCAUGUCUUCUCGUGCAGGUGAUUUGUGGGCGGAGCUCAUAGCUUCCGAGCAACAAGAGUGCGCCCAGCGUUCUGCCAAGUCCAAAGAACCCAAAAUUGACGUGGUUUAUCAGAGGAGAAACCCUCAAACUAAAACUCAACAAAAUGUAGAGAGAAGGGAUUCCAGCACUUGCUCAGAUGUCGAAUAUCGCCCGAGUUUAGUCCCUCCUAAUCGUAGCAUUCGGAACCGGUCCCUUUCCAUCAGAGGGAGGACCAGUAUUGCUGCUGCAGCAUUUGUGAAACCUCAUAAAAGGAAGCCUGGACGAAAAGCAAAACCGCCUCUUCCAAGGGGAAAAGCUGUAGAACGUCCCAAUUUUGACAAGGAGAAGGCAUAUUUUGAAGAGGUUGAUUCUUUUGAAUUAAUGGAGGAAAGCCCCUCUCCUAAGAGAUCUAGCACAUGGACCAUGUCUACCCAAUCAAAUCAUGUUGCAGUACCACAUCUCUCAUCAAUAUUGCGGAAGUGGUUGCUUUCUAUGAAGCUAAAUAAUAAUUAUGCACCACCUGCCUCACUUGCUAAGAUACUAGAAACCCCAACAUCAAGGAAGGAAUCCACUCAUAAAUUGGGAAACAUUUCAACUCUCAAAGCUUCCGAGAGUGCAUGCAGAGAAUUGCAGUUAGGACUGUAUUCUUCCAACAAGGGAUUUCUUGAUUUCAUUUCUGAAGAUAUCUCCCGAAGGAAGUCCCCUUCUGGUUCAGAAAGAAGCAUUCAGCACUUUGAUUUUGCAGAGGAUGACAGUGAGGGUAUUGAAGCUAAAGUAGAAAAACUUUCUCUGACUUUGCAGCCCUGUUCAUUGGAUUGUCACUCCUGGGAUCCCUUUUUGGUUCUGCUAUCAGCAUGUGGGCAGUCCCAUCCCUUUACACUGCUUGAUGUCGUAUCAAAGUCCUGUAACCCCAUGGAUGUUGUCAAGAUUGGUGAGGGAACAUAUGGAGAAGCAUUUAAGGCUGGGGACCAUGUAUGCAAGAUUGUUCCAUUUGAUGGAGAAUUCCGAGUGAAUGGGGAAGUUCAGAAGAAAGCCGAAGAAUUACUCGAGGAAGUUAUUCUAUCUGGUACCCUCAAUAGUCUACGAGGAUAUGGAAACAACAUGUUGAAUUGCUGUACUUCAUUCAUACAAACGAUUGACAUGAGGGUAUGCCAAGGUCAAUAUGAUGCUUCUCUGAUAAGAGCAUGGGAAGACUGGGAAGUGAAGCAGGGUACAUUAAAUGACAACCCUAAGAUGUUUCCAGAUAAGCAAUGCUAUGUUAUUUUUGUUCAAGAGCAUGGAGGCAAGGAUCUUGAGAGCUUUGUUCUUUUGAAUUAUGAUGAAGCUCGGAGUCUGUUAGUUCAGGUAACUCUUGCUCUGGCAGUAGCUGAAGCAGCAUAUGAAUUUGAGCAUCGAGACUUACACUGGGGCAACAUCCUUUUGACUCGAAAAGGCUCUUCUACUGUGGAAUUCUAUCUUGAAGGAAGACAAAUACAUGUGAGAACAUUUGGAUUGCUUAUAUCAAUAAUUGACUUCACUCUCUCGAGGAUAAAUACAGGUGAAGAUGUUCUUUUCCUGGAUCUGUCAUCAGACCCUGAACUCUUCGAAGGCCCUAAAGGUGAUAAACAGUCAGAAACUUACAGAAACAUGAGAGAAGUCACGGGAGAAUAUUGGGAAGGAAGUUUCCCCAAGACCAAUGUUUUAUGGGUGCAGUACCUGAUCGACAUAUUGCUGUUGAAGAAAUCAUAUGCACGGAGUACAAAAGACGAGAGGGAAUUACGCUCUUUGAAGAAGCGUUUGAGCAGUUAUGGAUCAGCAAAAGAAGCGAGUAAUGAUCCCUUCUUUGCUGACUUGUAUGAAUUAUGAACACUGAUUAUGGGGACAUGGACGGGGCCAAGGAAAUGAACCGUCUGGCAUAAACUUUUUGUGUAAAUCUUAGAGCUAAAAUGAAGCUGUUUUCAUUUG